CUCACAUUGUCUGAGGAAGAAGCCCGGAAGAGGAGGGAGAGGAAAGAAAAGGAGUCAGAAAUGGCUCUUUCUCAGGGACCGUUAACAUUCAAGGAUGUGGCCAUAGAAUUCACUGAGGACGAGUGGGAAUGCCUGGACCCUGCCCAGAGGGCCUUGUACAGGGACGUGAUGUUGGAGAACUACAGGAACCUGAUCUCCGUGGAUAUCUCUUACAUGCAUGUGAUCAAGAUAUUACAACUGAAAGCAAAUACUGAUAAAGGAGAAGUAUUCCAAACAGUGAUGUCAGAAAGACAUGAAAGGAAUGAAAUGAAACAUUUUUACCUCAGCGAUGUUCAAGAAAAUAUAUAUGACUUAGUUUCUCAGAAGAGAGAUGAGGAAAGUAAUUACAAACAAAUACCUAUAACCCAUAAUGAAAAUCUCACUGAGAAGGGAGAUCAACAUGUUAGAAGUGUUGCAGGAAUCAAGCCUAUUGAAAAUAGGCUGGCAUUAAGCUUUUGGGUUGAACUGCAUAUAUUUAAAAGUGAAGAAAAGCUUGAUGAAUUUAUUCAAGUGGACAAGGAUAUCAGGACUAGUGCCUCAUGUUCACCACUUGAAGGAACUUCUUCUAGUGUGCAAACCAACAUUUCUAAUACAUAUGCGAGUGGUUUUAUGCGCCCUUCAGUAGUGACACAAGAACAGGAAGUGCACAGGGAAGGAUCUUACAAAUGUAAUCUGUGUGGCAAAACUUUCCUUCAGGGAUCAUACCUCAAAAGACAUCAGAUCUUCCAUACAGGAGGGAAAGUACAUAAAUGUGAUGUAUGUGAAAAAGUCUUUACUCACAAAUCAUACCUUGCAAGUCAUCAGAGAACUCAUACUGUAGAGGAACCUUACAAAUGUAAUGAGUGUGGAAAAAUCUUUCAUUACAGCUCUGAACUUGGAAGACAUCAGUUUCUCCAUACAGAAGAGAAAUUACGUAAAUGUGAUGUAUGUGAAAAUGUCUUUAUUCGAAAUUCAUUCCUUGCAAGAUAUCAGAGAAAUCAUAAUAGGGGGAAACCCUAUAAAUGUAACGAGUGUGGCAAAUUCUUUAAUCAAAAGGCAUACCUUACAAAGCAUCAGAGAGUUCAUAAUGAAGAGAAGUCCUACAAAUGUAAUGUGUGUGGCAGGGUCUUCAAUCGAAAUUCAAAUCUCGAAAGUCAUCAGAGAAUUCAUACUGGAGAGAAACCUUACAAAUGUAAUGACUGUGGCAGGUUCUUUUCUCAAAAGCCAAAUCUUGGAAAGCAUCAGAGAGUUCAUACUGGAGAGAAACCUUACAAAUGUAAUGAGUGUGGGAAAAUCUUUCAUUACAGCUCAAAACCUGGCAGACAUCAAUUUCUCCAUACAGAAGAGAAAUUAUAUAAAUGUGAUGUGUGUGAAAAUGUCUUUCCUCAAAAUUCAUUACUUGCAACAUAUCAGAGAAAUCAUUCUGGGGAGAAACCUUAUAAAUGUAUUGAGUGUGGUAAAUUUUUUAGUCGAAGAGCACACCUUAAAAGUCAUAAGGGAACUCAUACUGGAGAGAAACCUUACAAAUGUAUUAAGUGUGGCAAGCUCUUUAGUCGAAAAAGUAACCUAACAAGACAUCAGAGAAUUCAUACGGGAGAGAAACCUUACAAGUGUAUUGGGUGUGGUAAGUUCUUUAGUCGAAAAGCACACCUUAUAAGACACCAGACAAUUCAUACUGCAGAGAAUCCUUACGAAUGUAAUGAGCAUGCCAAGGUCUUUAGUGAAAAAUCACACCUUGUAAGUCAUCAAAAAAUUCAUACCGGAGAGAACUGAUACAAAUGUAAUGAGUUUGGCAAAACCUUUUAUCACAUCUCAGCCCUCACUCAACACCUGAGAAUCCAUACAGGACAGAAAUUAUAUUGGGUUGCCCAGAAGGUUCAGUUUUUUCCGUAAGAUGGCUCUAGGAGCACUUAGUUGUCUUUAACUUCAUUCAGACAAUUUUGUUAGAUUUUAUGUGACAGCUGUGAUAUCAGUGUGCAUUUUUAAAAAAGACUCAUCAAAAUCAGUGAAUCUUUGUGUAGCCAUUUUAAUAUUGAAGAUGGAAGGAAAACAACAUUUUCAGCAUAUUACGCUUCAUUAUUUCAAGAAAGGUAAAAACGCAACCGAAAUGCAAAAAAAGAUUUGUGCAGUGUAUGGAGAAGGUGCUGUGACUGAUUGAACGUGUCAAAAGUAGUUUGCGAAAUUUCGUGCUGGAGGUUUCUCACUGGGUGAUGCUCCAUGGUCAGGUAGACCAUUUGAAGUUGAUAGCGAUCAAAUUGAGACACUAAUUGAGAACAGUCAAUGGUAUACCACCUGGGAGAUAGCCGACAUACUCAAAAUAAUACCAAAUCAAGCGUUGCAGAUCAUUUGCACUAGCUUGGUUAUGUGAAUUGCUUUGAUGCUUGGGUUCUACAUAAGUUAAGCGAAAAAGAAACCCUUCUAGACCGUAUAUCUGCAUGUGAUUCUCUACUUACACAUAAUAAAAAGUUAUGUUUUUAAAACAUUGUGACGGGUGAUGAAAAGUGGAUACUGUAUAAUCAUGUGGAAUGGAAGUGAUCGUGGGGCAUGUGAAGUGAACCACCACCAACCACACGGACAGCUAGUCUUCAACCAAAGAAGGCGAUGUUGUGUCUACAGUGGGAUUGGAAGUCCUCUAUUUUGAGCUCCUUCCAGAAAACCAAACGAUUAAUUCCAACAAGUACUGCUCCCAGUUAGACCAACUGAAAGCAGCACUCGAUGAAAAGCAUCCAGAAUCAGUCAACAGAAGAUGCAUAAUCUUCCAUCAGGAUAACGCAAGACCACAUGUUUCUUUGAUGACCAGGCAAAAACUGUUACAGCUUGGCUGGGAAGUUCUAAUUCAUCCGCCAUAUUCACCAGACAUUGCACCUGUGGAUUUCUGUUUAUCUCGGUCUUUACAAAAUUCUCUUAAUGGAAAAAAUUUCAAUUCCCUGGAAGACUGUAAAAGGCACCUGGCACAGUUCUUUGCUCAAAAAGAUGAAAAGCUUUGGGAAGUUGGAAUUAUGAAGUUUCCUGAAAAAUGGCAGAAGGUAGUGGAACAAAAGAGUGAAUAUGUUGUUCAAUAAAAUUCUUGGUGAAAAUGAAAAAAAUGUGUC